AUGGAGAUCCUGAGCAGGGUCCGUGCGCUGAGCAGGGCGCUGGUGGUGGCCCCGAGCCUUGGGGCCCGGAGGGGCUUGAUCAGCAUCGCGGCCACCCGCCCGGCACCGCGACUCGCGAUGGAUGUGGUGAAGGUGGAGGGCGUCUAUCCUGUCACCAUGGUGCCCGGCGACGGUGUGGGGCCAGAGCUCAUGCUGGCUGUCAAAGAAGUGUUUAAGGCAGCCAAGGUCCCCGUGACAUUUCAGGAGCAUCAUCUGAGCGAGGUGCAGAACACGGCCUCGGAGGAGAAACUGGAGCAAGUGCUGAACUCCAUCAAGAAAAACAAGGUUGCGAUCUGUGGGAAAAUCCACUCCCCGCUGGACGCGGGAUUCACGGGGGACUUGACCUCCUACAUCACGCGGCUCAGGCGUCAGCUGGACUUGUUUGCCAACGUCGUUCACAUCCAGAGCCUCCCGGGGUAUAAGACUCGACACAACAACCUGGACUUGGUGAUCAUCCGCGAGCAGACCGAGGGCGAAUAUAGCUCGCUGGAGCACGAGAGUGUCAGGGGUGUGAUAGAGUGUCUGAGGAUCAUCACUCGCGCCAAGUCCAAGCGGAUUGCCAAGUUUGCUUUUAACUAUGCCACCAUUAAGGGUCGAGGGAAGGUCACGGCUGUGCAUAAGGCCAACAUUAUGAAGCUGGGCGAUGGGCUCUUCCUGCGGUGCUGUGAGGAGGUGGCCGAGCUAUACCCCAAGAUCAAGUUUGAGACCAUGAUCAUAGACAACUGUUGUAUGCAGCUGGUGCAGAAUCCAUACCAGUUUGAUGUGCUUGUGAUGCCCAAUCUCUAUGGAAACAUCGUUGACAACCUGGCAGCGGGUCUGGUGGGGGGUGCAGGAGUGGUUCCUGGUGAGAGCUACAGCGAUGAAUGCGCUGUUUUUGAAACAGGUGCGAGGCACCCGUUUGCCCACGCCGUGGGCAGGAACAUUGCCAACCCCACUGCCAUGUUACUGUCUUCUAGCAAUAUGUUGAAGCACCUCAGCUUGGACUAUCACUCCAAAAUGAUUGCUGAGGCUGUGAAGAAGGUGAUAAAAGUUGGCAAAGUUCGGACCACGGACAUGGGUGGCUACAGCACCACUACUGAUUUCAUCAAGUCUGUCGUCAGCUACCUGCAGCCCCGUUGA